GGAUAGAAACUUAGGGAGCCAUCCUAUCAUUCCCAUCUAUGUAUCGCCUACUUUAAGGCGGAAAUAGUGCUAUCGAUACCUUAGACAUCGAUCUUUUAAAGUGACAAGCAGUCUUGAAACAACUCCCCAAGUCCAUCGAGUUGGACCGUUUACCACUUUAUUUGUGUAUCUACGCGAAGUUUCAACAAACCGAAAGCUUAUUUCAGUCAUUUUGUUUAUACGACGAAGGUGAAAAUUGGUGGAAAUGGCAGAUGAAGAGGAUAAGCCACCUGCACCUCCUGUCAGACUAACUAGCAAUCGGAAUGAAGCAGUUCCUGUACCUGUCCCUGUUGACCUCAGACCUUUACCAAAGGAACCUGAAUCUGAAAAGAAAAAAACCUUAAAAGUUAAAGUCCCACAGAGGAAGAACAAUGAUAGACCUGAUAAGCCCAACAUCUCCUAUCCAACCAAUUUUGAACACACAGUUCAUGUUGGUUUUGAUGCCAUCACUGGAGAAUUCACGGGAAUGCCACAAGCAUGGGCUCAGCUCUUGCAAUCGUCGAACAUUAGCAAACAGGAGCAGAAGAAAAAUCCUCAAGCUGUACUCGAUGUGCUCAAAUGGUACGACAUUUCUUCCCAAGUUGGCAAUGAAACUAAGUACAUGGAAACGCACACGCAGAAAACCACAGUGGAUGGAUUAGGCACGUAUUCGAGACCUACAUAUCAGCAAACAGAUGGUUCUUGCCCCAAAAUCUCGUUGGUUGUCAAUAGCCCGAGCCAUCACAGUCAUUCUUCCUCACAACAUAGCUUGACGACUCCCCUCCACCUUACAAGUUUUGGGCGACAAGGAUCAGGUUCAGGCUCAGUGUCUACACCGGAAACGGAAUCGAGUCAAGCCACUGACACCAUUGGAAGUCUUGAACGAGAUGAUGACAAAGGGAAUGAUCAUCUUGCUGACCUUGCAAACAAUCAGGAAAACGAACGAGACGGCGAAGAUAAAGCUCCCCCUCCACCAGUGGCUGCUCGUCCUGAGAGAACGAAAUCGAUAUAUACGAAGCCUAUCGAGGAAGAUAGUCACACUACCAACGGUGCCUAUGCAUUGGAUCGCAAUAAGAAUGCAAAUACCAACACUCCAACACCGAACGUUAGGAAGAAAAAAAUGUCAGAUGAAGAAAUCCUUGAGAAAUUACGGUUAAUUGUCAGUGUCGGUGAUCCUAAUCGCAAAUAUACGAAAAUGGAGAAAAUUGGACAAGGAGCUUCAGGAACGGUAUAUACUGCAAUAGAAACGUCAACGGGUCAAGAAGUAGCCAUCAAGCAAAUGAAUCUGUCCCAACAACCCAAAAAGGAGCUAAUCAUCAAUGAAAUCUUAGUGAUGCGAGAGAAUAAGCAUCCCAACGUAGUUAACUACCUCGACUCGUACCUAGUCGGUGACGAGCUCUGGGUGGUCAUGGAAUAUCUUCCGGGUGGGUCGCUUACAGAUGUCGUUACCGAAACGUGCAUGGACGAAGGACAAAUUGCCGCAGUGUGCCGAGAAGUUUUACAAGCCUUAGAAUUCCUUCACUAUAACCAUGUUAUCCACAGAGACAUAAAGUCGGACAAUAUUCUACUCGGAUUGGAUGGAUCAGUCAAACUAACCGAUUUCGGAUUCUGCGCUCAAAUCAGUCCUGAGCAAUCAAAAAGAACCACCAUGGUUGGCACUCCAUAUUGGAUGGCCCCUGAAGUAGUAACCCGUAAGCAAUACGGCCCAAAAGUUGAUUUGUGGUCGUUGGGUAUUAUGGCAAUUGAGAUGAUAGACGGUGAACCCCCCUACCUGAACGAAAAUCCUCUGCGAGCUCUUUACCUCAUCGCUACUAAUGGAAAACCCGAUAUCAAGGACAAGGAUAAAUUAUCUGCCGUUUUUCAGGACUUCUUAGAUCGCUGUUUAGAAGUUGAUGUUGAUAAACGAGCUUCUUCUUCUGAGAUGUUGAAGCAUCCGUUCUUAAAACUUGCCCGUCCGUUGGCCAGUCUGUAUCCGCUAAUCGUAGCUGCCAAAGAAGCGGCCAAAGGGCAUUAAAUUUUCCCGCCCCUGGUUGUUUUGUGCUGCGUGUAGUGUUUAGUGAUGUUCCGUAUUUGAAUAACGGUGAAAAUAAUAUCGUUUUGUUCUUCCUAACCUUUACAAGAAAACAAGAGGCAAACAGACAACACAGAACGAGUGUACUUAUGUGCUGCUUUAUGCCCAUCGAAAAUUUCACAGAUGAAAAUGAUUUAUAUUGGAGUUUGUUGGUUUUAUUGAAACGACGUUGAUUGAAGUAUAUUAGCUUCUGGUCAAGAUAAGGAAAUUUUCAUUGUGGGCUACUGCAUUCGUUAUUUCAAACCCACAAAUGGCAUUUUUAAAUCUUUCCCUCGUCCAGUCGUCUCUGUUUCGACAGAGCCCGAAAGUUCCAGCCACACGACCCCCCUCCAUGUAAGCGCGUAUCGGCGUUUGUUGACACCAUAAUGAUUUUGGAAAACUUAAAAAUGCAAUCCCAUCUAUUGACUAUCAUGUUCUUAAAGUUUUCCUUUUAAUGCAUUGUAACUUAAAUAAACACUUAACCAUACUA